CGCUAAUUAUCUUCCACUCUCUUGGAUCAAAGUUUCAUAAUCCGAAGCGAAGAGGCAAAGAUCGAUGGCUUCUGCUGCAAAAGCAUUAAGUAGUCCAGUGCCAAUUGAAGGGUACCCAACCCUAGCCGUCGUACUGCUCUCCAUUGGUCUUGUUGUUACCGCUUCCUUCUUCAUCUUUGAAGCAACUUGUACGAAGCAAAAUCGAUGUGUUGUCAAGGAGCUUAUCACUGGAGGAGUGGCAGCAUUUUUCCUGGGAUUUGGGUCGUUGUUUUUGCUGCUGUCAGCCGGUGUUUAUAUCUGAUUUUCAUCAUGUUGUUGAACCAUUUCACAAAGUUUUGCUUAGAAAGAUUGGUGUCUGAUU